AGAUUCGGCUGGUCUGAAUAGCCUUCGAGCAAACAAGUUUCAACUUCGUCUUCCCCCUAUUCACCAAUCCUUCGAACACAUCCGACGAAUCCAGAACCCUAAUCCCUUCCUGCGGGGUUUUCUGGGGAAAACUCUUCGAAGAUCUCACUCGAUCGAUCCAGAGGAGAAAUGGGAGAUCCGUUGGAGAGGUUGGGAUCAGAGGCAUCGAUGGGAAUGGAGUCCACCAUGAAGGAGGAGCUCUGUAUGGAGAUCGAUCCUCCCCUGCAGGAGAACGUCGCCACCGCCGAGGAUUGGCGGCAAGCUCUCAGCAAAGUGGUUCCCGCCGUCGUCGUCCUCCGCACCACGGCGUGUCGCGCCUUCGACACCGAGGCCGCCAGCGCCAGCUACGCCACGGGGUUCGUCGUCGAUAAACGCCGUGGGAUCAUCCUCACCAAUCGCCAUGUCGUGAAGCCAGGUCCUGUAGUUGCCGAGGCAAUGUUUGUCAAUCGUGAAGAAAUUCCAGUCUAUCCUAUAUAUAGAGAUCCAGUUCAUGACUUCGGUUUCUUUUCUUAUGAUCCUGGUGCAAUACAAUUUCUGGAUUAUGAAGAAAUUCCUCUUGCCCCAGAAGCAGCUUGUGUUGGGCUUGAAAUCAGGGUUGUUGGCAAUGAUAGCGGAGAAAAGGUUUCUAUCCUCGCUGGUACUCUUGCUCGUUUGGACAGAGAUGCUCCACAUUAUAAAAAAGAUGGUUAUAAUGACUUCAAUACAUUUUACAUGCAAGCAGCAUCAGGUACUAAAGGGGGCUCAAGUGGCUCCCCUGUCAUUGAUUGGCAAGGCAGGGCAGUGGCUUUGAAUGCAGGCAGCAAGUCAUCUAGCGCAUCAGCCUUCUUCUUACCUCUUGAACGAGUUGUAAGGGCAUUGAAGUAUCUCCAGAAAAGCAUCACUUCGAGCACAGAAAAGCGACAAGCACUCGAUAUUCCUCGUGGUACGCUUCAGGUGACCUUUCUUCACAAAGGUUUCGACGAGAUACGCCGGCUUGGUCUCAGGAGCGAAACUGAGCAGGUGGUUCGACAUGCAUCUCCACCUGGGGAAACAGGAAUGCUCGUUGUUGACUCUGUGGUGCCAGGUGGUCCCGCUGAUAAACAUUUGGGGCCAGGCGAUGUUCUCGUUCGUGUGAAUCGGAUGGUGAUCACACAAUUUCUGACGUUGGAGACUUUGCUUGAUGACAGUGUUGGGCGUAACAUUGAACUGGAGAUUGAAAGGGGUGGAAAGCCACUGUCUAUUAGUGUAUCAGUUCAGAAUUUACAUUCAAUAACACCAGACCACUUCCUGGAAGUGAGUGGUGCUGUCAUUCAUCCCUUAUCUUAUCAGCAGGCUCGGAAUUUUCGUUUUCCUUGUGGUCUGGCUUAUGUUGCGGACUCUGGAUAUAUGCUAUUUAGAGCUGGGAUUCCUCGACACGCUAUCAUAAAGAAGUUUGCUAAUGAGGAAAUUUCUGGACUCGAGGAUUUUAUUUCUGUUCUUUCUGGACUUUCUAGGGGUUCCCGGGUUCCCCUGGAAUACCUGUGUCACACAGAUCGUCAUCGUAGGAAGUCUGUCCUAGUUACAAUUGAUCGCCAUGAAUGGUAUGCUCCUCCACAAAUAUAUACUCGCAAUGACAGUUCUGGUUUAUGGGAUGUGAGCCCUGCCAUUCAGCCUGGUGCUGUUUCACCAUCAAUUGGUUUUAGUGGCUUGCCUACAAGCCAGAAUGUUCUUUACAGCUGCAACUCUCAUCAAAUAGAGCAAACUCAUCCAACCAAUGAUGAUGGCGUGACUGAUGUUGUGACUGUAAUGGGAGCCUCCUCUGGGGAUGGUGCAGAUGAACACUACUCUCAGGAUGAUUCUGGCUCAGGAGCAAAGAAACGAAAAGUGAAAGAUGACGUGUCUUUAGAUGGAGCUGUCACCAAUGGUUCCUUACUUGGCAGUGAAUUUAAGUCGGAUGAUGCAAUGGUAACAGAGAAUGAAGUCUUAAGAGACUCCCAAGGUGCAACAGCACUGGCUGCUAAUAAUGCUUCUUUUGCCGAACGUGUGAUUGAGCCUGCUCUUGUGAUGUUUGAGGUUCAUGUGCCACCUUCUUGCAGUCUUGAUGGUGUACACUCGCAGCAUUUCUUUGGUACUGGUGUCAUUAUCUAUCAUUCUACUAGCAUGGGACUAGUUGUGGUGGACAAGAACACUGUUGCGAUAUCUGCAUCUGACAUUAUGUUGUCUUUUGCUGCUUUUCCUGUCGAGAUUCCUGGAGAGGUGGUUUUCCUUCAUCCUGUUCACAACUAUGCUCUUAUUGCUUAUGAUCCUUCUGCUCUUGGUACUGCUGGUGCUUCAGUUGUUCGUGCAGCUGAGCUGCUUCCUGAGCCUGCAUUGCAACGUGGAGAGUCGGUCUAUCUUGUGGGACUAAGUAGAAGUCUUCAAGCCACAUCGAGGAAUUCGUUUGUGACGAACCCAUGUGCAGCUUUAAACAUUGGCUCUGCUGAUAGUCCACGAUAUCGAGCUACCAAUAUGGAAGUUAUCGAGCUUGAUACCGAUUUUGGUAGCUCAUUUUCAGGGGUUCUGACUGAUGAGCAGGGAAGAGUUCGAGCUAUAUGGGGAAGCUUUUCAACUCAGGUAAAAUAUGGUUGCAAUUCAUCAGAAGACCACCAAUUCGUCAGAGGUAUCCCGGUAUAUGCAGUCAGCCAAGUUCUGGAGAAAAUCAUAGCUGGCGGGAAUGGACCGACUCUUCUCGUAAAUGGUGUUGAAAGGCCAAUGCCGCUCGUUCGGAUCUUAGAGGUUGAGCUGUACCCAACUUUGCUCUCGAAAGCUCGGAGUUUUGGAUUGAGUGAUGAAUGGAUCCAAGUUUUAGUGAAGAAGGAUCCGGUCAGACGGCAAGUUCUACGGGUGAAAGGGUGUUUGGCAGGAUCAAAAGCCGAAAACCUUUUAGAACAAGGAGACAUGGUUCUGGCGGUGAACAAGAAACCAGUCACAUGCUUUCGUGACAUAGAGGAUGCGUGCCAAGAAUUGGAUAAAAGCAGCAGCGACAGUGAUGGGAAUCUUAAUCUAACAAUUCUCCGGCAGGGACGAGAAAUGGAGCUGAGAGUGGGAACCGAUGUGAGGGAUGGGAAUGGAACGGCGAGAGCCAUAAACUGGUGUGGAUGCGUGGUUCAGGAUCCUCAUUCCGCUGUCCGUGCUCUCGGGUUUCUUCCCGAGGAAGGUCAUGGCGUCUACGUGGCAAGGUGGUGUCAUGGAAGUCCGGCGCACAGGUACGGGCUGUACGCUCUGCAGUGGAUAGUGGAGGUGAACGGAAAGGCGACGCCAGACCUGAACGCGUUCGAGAGAGCGACGAAGGAGAUAGGGCAUGGGGAGUUCGUGAGGAUAAGGACCGUGCACCUGAACGGGAAGCCUCGGGUGCUGACGCUGAAGCAGGACCUCCAUUACUGGCCCACCUGGGACAUCCACUUCGACCCCCUCUCCGCCUUCUGGCGUCGCCUUGUCAUCAACUCCCGCCUCCUUUGAUUUUCUUCUCAAACAAAAAAAACACAAUGUGGGAUUUAUGGGAUAUAAUAAAAAUGUCUACUUUCUACGCAAGCGAUGUGAUUUGUUUUUUUUUAAUUAGUGUAUUUUGAUCUUAAUGUUGUAAUUUAAACAAAUUAUCUGAUAUUUAUUGUUUAAAAAUACA